AUGGUGACCACUCUUUCAAUUCCUGUUCUCAAAAAGCACUGGCCGAAUGUACGGGCAAUAACCACUCCUUCCGUCGUCAAGCACAUGGAGACCCAGCUCACGCCCGCCAGAUUUGAAGGUCUAUGGCUCAAGUACUUCCCUGGCGACCAGAUAGCUCAGCCACAGGUUCCUGCAGAGUCCACGGACUCGAACACUUUUCACAUCGACAGACAUGAGUGCCGUGCGGUGGAGGUCGGCCAUUCGGAUACCUACGACAUGAUGGUGCUCUAUGUCCCCAGCAUACACCUCGUUGUAGCAGGAGAUGUCGUCUACGGCGAUGUGCAUCAAUUCUUUGGAGAGGCAAACACGACCGAAAAACGCAAAGAGUGGCUGCGCACAUUGGACACUUUCGAGAGCCUGAAUCCGCACACGGUCAUCGCCGGUCACAAGCGGGCAGGGACAGUGGAUGGGACGUUCAAUUUGCAAUCGACCAGGGAGUACAUCUUCGCAUUCGAAGACGCCGUGAAGACCAGCUCGAAAUGGGAGGACUUGUUUGCAGAGAUCAAAGAUCGAUAUCCUGGCAGAAUCAACCUGCACGCUAUCCUUGCACGUGCUCUUGUAGCCUUCCCUGCUCGCUAG